AUUAGAUUUAUUUAGACUUUCAAAAAAUGAACUUCAUGGUUCUUAUUCAAGAUAUUCGGAAUGAAUCUAACGUCCAAUUUGAAGCAAAUAGAGCAGAGACCUUCGCGUGGCACGACAGUGUCUGUCUUCGGUUUUCACGAAAUAUCACAGCGUGAACAAUGGAAUACAUUCGGCAUUUGUUUUCUUGUUGCGGCUAUAGCUGUAAAAAAUUUAGAGGUACGAUUUAAUCUAUGACCACAGUUGGAACUAUUUAUUUCGACCAUGUUUUUUUUUUUCCAUUGAUGUAAUCAGGUAUCGUUUUCAAUUCGAGACGAAGAACGGAAGAAAGUCAUUUUGAGAAUUGCGAAACCGCACAGCCCGAUGGGGGUCCUUAGAAUAUUGUUUGGGAGAGAUCUAUCGUUGCAUCGUGUAUGGACGAUACAAUGCAAUUCAGAAUAUAGCACGAAUUAUUAUGGUUACAUGGGAUUGUCCGAUAAGAACGCGGUGCAGUGGAUAUUUUUAAAUCACAAGCCAAUCCGUUGUCCCCUUAUCCUCAAGUUAAUUAAAGUUGCAUUCAAAGAAAAGCUCGGCUUGUCUUCCAAUCGGGAAUCCAACGCGCCAGAUUCGUAUGAUAAAAAUAUGUUUAUUCUUCUUUUUCUCACAUUUUCACAAAAAGAAUUCACGUACGUUACCGAAAAUGCAAAGUGCUACGUCAUGUUUUAUGAUAUACAAAAAAUAUUGAAUACCGUCAAAAACUGCACCUUCGAAUGUCUCGCGGAAGAAGCGACAAUUUCUUUCCUGCCUGUUGUUACUCCUUAUUUACAUAAAACGCCUUUCUUAAGACAAACGUAUACGAAAGAAAUCGAGAGAUCUGUUUUUAAUAAUAACAUCAAUGGACGUAAAAAAAUAGUCAUGAUUAAGAGAAAGAAAAUUACGUCGACAAUUGUAACCGAUUGCUUCAAUAAACAGCAUAAUAGAAGCGAUAAUGUCAAAACCAUCAAUUAUUACACGGACAAGAAAAAUGGCAUAUUAAGUAGCCUUCACUGUCGAACAAACAUCACUUGCAAACGUACUUCUGUAAAAUAUAAAAACUUUGGUGAAGCCAGAAAAAAAGUACAUAAUAAUGUUGAUAACGCGCAAACAAGUUUCAUUAAUUUUGAUAUAACAGAUAAUUUCAACUUUCCUAAAUCCGAUAAAGCUCACGAUUAUCGUAAUGAUAAUAACAAUGAUUCUGCAAACAUGAUUUCUCCUCUUUCUGAGUGGUCGAAUUGGACUUAUUAUACAAAGAAGGGAAAAGGCGAGGCUAUGAGAAAUUCACAUGACAUACUUUCCGAAAAUAACGCGCGUAUCCAACGAUUAUUCGAAUUUAAAAAUCAGUUUGAUUUUCUGCCACGAAAAUUGCACGGUCUUCUGCAGCAUCGUCACGUUAAACUGACAAACGUAAAAUGCUUCAACAGUCCCAAUGAUACGAUUCCGUUUACUGAAAACUGGCAAUAUGAACAUGCAGCGGUGCAUCCUUGUCAGUUAAAGCAAAAAUUGUGUGAAUUUAGAUUGUCACGUGCCUCGUUAAAGUGUAUAAAGAUCAUUAAUCAAGUUAAUGAUGAAUUUAUCGCCGCGUGGAUGACGUACGAUGGAAGGAAAAUUCUAUUGAUGAUAGAUCAACACGCUGUCCAUGAAAGAAUACGUUACGAAAACUUACUUUUUGGUGAGCAUUAA